AUGGCCAUGACUAUGCAUCCCCACUUAGACAGAAUCCUCUGGACCGAAGACCAAAUCUCCCACCGAGUCUCCGAACUCGCCACACAAAUCGUCCACGACUUUCCCGCCUCCUCACCUCCUCCCGUCUUUAUCGGCGUUGCCACCGGCGCAUUCAUAUUCCUCGCUGACCUAGUUCGCAAAAUCGACCUCCCUUUCACCGUUGAUCUUGUUCGGGUUCAAUCCUACGGUUCCGGAACUGUGUCCAAUGGCGCACCUACCAUUUCUUCUGACUUGAAGGUUGAAGUUAACGGCCAACACGUCAUUUUGGUUGAAGACAUUGUAGACACAGGACACACUUUAUCUAGACUCAUUUCACACUUGAAGUUGAAAGGAGCAUCCUCUGUGUCAGUAUGCACUCUUCUUGACAAACCAGCAAGGAGAAAAGUUAAUGUACAGCUAGUGGGUGAAGGCAAAUUCUACCGGGGAUUUGAGUGUCCAGACUAUUUUGUAGUUGGUUAUGGAAUGGAUUUUGAUGAACUGUACAGAAAUUUGCCUUACAUUGGUGUCUUGAAGCCGGAACAUUACAGUUGA